CUUUUUUUACAAUAGUCUAUAUAAUUUCUAUCCAGCCGUUUGUACCCAUGUAUGUGUUUUUUUUUUCUCACUCUCACAAAAUUUGACAACCAAUCUGUUCAUCAAACCAUCAAACCUCUGUACUUGUCUGAUCAUCAACCUUUCAUCAAACAAUGUCAGCCCAACCGAGAAAGAUUGACUUGUCGCAACUCCAGCCUCAACAGAUUGUAGAGCUCCGCAAAAGCACAGAGCAGGAGAUUCAACACUUUACUCAAUCCUUACAAGCACUCCAAACCGCCCAAAGUAAGCUCAAGGAUUGUAUCACCAGCAUCGACGGCAUGGCUUCCUCUGAAGCUUCCGAGCUCUUGGUACCCUUGACCUCUUCCUUGUACCUUCCUGGACGGGUUGGCAACAAGGACCGCUACUUGGUGGACAUUGGUACUGGGUACUUCGUUGAGAAGCUGGCCAAGGAAGCCAAGUUGGUGUACGAGGGCAAGAUCAACAAGCUUAACGACGAUUCCAAGAAACUCAAGGACAUCUUGGUACAGAAGAAUGAGAUCUUGAACAGCAUGAGUUUGGUCUUGAGACAGAAGAUGAUCCAAUACGAACAGCAGCAGCAAGAGCAGCAGGCUGCCGCGUAGAUACCAUAGGAGAGGAAAGCAACAAAAGAGACGUCAUACGAAGGUAAAUAGAUUUAUAUAAUAUACAAUACGAUAACUG